UCAAUUUCAAUUGGUAUUUAUCUCGCGGUGAUUGUUAAUCAAGAUGCAAAAUUAAAAUCUGAAAGUGCGAAUUUAAUUUACGAAUGUUAUUUAUAAAUGUUUACGAGUUGUUUGGAGUUAAAUUCAAGAACGCUGAUAAACAGUCUUUCGUCCUGCGAUUUUCGGAAACGGAUAUCUCGAAUUGUCGAGAAUGUUAAAAAAGGUGAAAGGACGAGAAUCUCUUUCCAAUUGUUACCAAUGAUUUCAUUUUUGCGACGAAACGAAGUGACAAUAAAAUGAUGCAAAUACGCGCGAAUGCAUUUCGAGACGAAGUCAGUCUCGUGUGAUGUAACGGGAUCGUCAAACCAGUUGGCAACAGUGAUAUCUCUGUUUGCGUAAAUAAUCAAAACUAAAUUAUUAAAUUCUACUUGUGUCUAGUGCUAUUUAUCGACGAGUUUAUUUGUAUUUCUCACGACGAGACAAGAAUUGCAAGAACACGAGGAGUUUGAAGUUACGUUACGUCAAUCAUCGUUGCUAAUCAAUUCAAACUAUUUGCCUUUGAAAUUGUACAUUAUCACGAUUUUAAUUCUUGCGAAUAAGAGAAAGAGAAAGCGCGGAAAAACGGGAGAAGAAUGAGCAAAGAGAUUGAGGUUAAGCAGAGUUGGAUUAAAUUGUCCUACGCGCGAAUCGUUGUCGACGAAGCUUAAGAUUAAGAUUGGAUCACUAGUCAUCGAAACUACAUCAAGAUACUUUUGCAACGAGAAAACAUUGCAAUUUACCAGCGAUUUGAUUCAGCGAGAGACAAGAUUCUUCCAUCGAUGUCUACAUUGGCACAUCUCUAGCAGCUUUAUCUCGCUACAAUCAAACAUAAUGCUAAUCACGUAGCAUAAAUUGGACUAUAUAUAGAAACCAAAUACUUAGAUACAAAUUUUCCAAUAGAUCAUGUAUGGCAAGGCAUAGGAAAUUUAAUCAGGAUAUUUAAGAUAUUUAUUGUUCAGUGCACAUCUCUCAUCUUAAUAUUUUCUUCUAUAUCAAGAAAUACUGUAUUCUACGCAGUAGAGAGACCAAAAACUUCAUUGAUUAACCUUCAUCCAGUGAAGAUGACCAGUAGACUCGAGGAAACAGAGCAGAAAUGGAUUUGCGAGUACUGCACUUACGAAAAUUGGCCAUCUUCUUUAAAAUGCACUAUGUGCAGAGGUGCUAAACCUCUUUUAGGUGAAGACAUCUACCGUCUUCGGGAUCCUAGCCCUCAAAGAGGCUCCUCCAACGUCGCUUCUGGUCCUGUGUCUCAGAUAAGCCCUACGGACAACUAUAUCUCGCAAAAUUAUAGUCAAAAUUUACCUUCUGCGGGAAAAUGGGCCUGUAGCAUGUGCACUUAUCUCAACUAUCAGAAUACCACACGUUGCGUUCAGUGCAGCAAUCGCAAACCAGUCAAUCAAUCCGUCAAUUCGUUAGCCUCGAAUCUGCAUGAACAUUUAGCGCCACUACGAUUGGCCGAUGGACCGCCAAACUCGGGAUCAAAUUCCCAGUUGAAUCCUUCGCCAAUCAAUCUCCAUCCAGAAAGGUUGUAUAAUAUGCAUCCAGAAAAGUGGUCCUGCCAUGUAUGUACUUAUGAAAACUGGCCCAAAGCAACUAAAUGCAUCAUGUGUGGUCAUCCAAAGGAAAAAGAUAGGAGGGAUAAGGCUACACAAGGAAAUAUGGGAGUGAUCUUACCGAGUCCCGAGAGGGAGCAUAGUCAACGAAGCCUGCCGUCACCUCCACUGCACGCGUCCUAUAUUCAUCAAACGCAGAGGGAGGAUAAUUUAGCGAUAGGAAGAAGAGGUUCACAUAGGUAUGCAGACAGUCGAAAUGACAGUCUGUCAACUCCUCAAUCCCCGAAUAACUGUGAUUACGAACGCCGAUUAAAGCAACUGAGACGUCACACCGAUUGGUGUUGGCUCAAUGCUUGUCUCGGUAUUGUCGAGGGUGACAAUACUCCCGUCGAAGCUUACCUAGCAAGUGGUGGCGAUCCCGCUCGCCAAUUGACGCAUUCUGAGGUUUUACUCCUCAAUAGAAGCAGCGCGUUUGACGUCGGGCACACCUUAGUGCAUCUGGCUAUUAGGUUUCAAAGAGAAGAUAUUUUAGCAACAUUGUUGUCGCAAAUCGAGGGUUCGGGUUCGGGCGUGAAAAGGGUACCAAGCUACGUUGCACCAGACCUUGCGGUGCAGAUUCGCCGACAUGUCACCAAUAGUAUACGCUUACGCAAAGGUUCCUUCCCCUGUUAUUUUGUCACCGAUAUGGCCACCUUCGCGCUGCCAGCCGAGGUUGAAGACUUACCGAGUAUUGUACAAGAGCAGAUGUUGGAGGAAUUAUUAGAUAAGGAAGCUCAACAGCAAUUAGAAGGUGGUGGAGGUGAACCGCCAGCCCUAAAUUGGUCCUUAGAAAUUACUGAACGAUUAGGCAGUCGUUUACACGCACUCUGGAAUCGAUCGGCCGGAGAUUGCCUCCUAGAUUCCGCUAUGCAGGCAACCUGGGGUGUUUUCGAUAGGGACAACGCCUUGAGAAGAGCGCUCGCUGACACUCUGCAACAAGCCGGACAAUUUUUUUAUCCUCGUUGGAGAGAAUACGAAGCCUCACAGGCAGCUAGAAUGUUAGAUUUUACUUUAGAAGAGACGCAAUGGCAAGAAGACUGGGAAAAUUUAUUGGCAACGGCCGCUCAACCUGGAAGUGCGUUAGAACAAUUGCAUGUAUUUGCUCUUGCUCAUAUUUUAAGACGACCCAUUAUUGUCUAUGGAGUUAAAUAUGUUAAAAGCUUUCGUGGCGAAGAUAUAGGCUAUGCGAGAUUCGAGGGCGUCUACCUUCCAUUGCUUUGGGAACCUUCGUUCUGUAUCCGUUCGCCGAUUGCUUUAGGUUACACUCGCGGCCACUUUACAGCAUUAGUACCAAUUGAGCCAUACACCUCGUCCAGAAUACCGCCUCUAGCGUCCCAUGGGGUAGUAAGUAGUAAUAACAGCUCACUCGAACAACUGCAGAUCCAGAUGCAAACCACCUUCAUGCCGCUAAUGGACCGCGAGCAUAAACUCCUACCGAUACACUUUCUCACGGCGGACGAGAUUGGUCGUGAGGAAUCCAUCUAUAAGGAGUGGUUGGACGUGUGUAGGACUGAAGGUGGAAUUCUCGUCGCGCACCAAAAGCUUCACAAAAGACCAUUACUUGUUGCGCAGAUGUUGGAGGAAUGGUUGAACCAUUAUCGUAGAUUAGCUCAAACCAACGAAGCACCCUUCUCAAGGCCACCCACUCUGCAAGAUUAUAGCAGUGAUGGUGAUACCGAAGAUGAAUAGUAUGUUAAUCCUAAGAGAGAAGUAUUGCGACUGACAUGAGAAGCAUCUCCGUUCUCACAAGUUUACUCUCGGCUGAAAAUUAAAAUAGCUAGAAUUAUAUAAAAUGUAAACUAUAAUACACGUGAAUUCUGUACUUUAUGGAUAACUCAAUACAGAGAAACUACUACGUCCAUAUAUAUUCACUGGCAAUGUACUAUUUAAAAAAGUUGAAAGCUAUUAGUCGCCGUAUAAGUAAAAUUAUGUGAAAUUUGAAUCCAGAUUUAUGAACUAUCCUAAAUAUGCUUAAAACCAAUACUUUUCAUUAUUCAAGAAUUAAUUAAUUAUUGAUAUAAUUGUAAUAAAUUUGAAUUAAUAUGGAAUUAAAAUAAUUAAUUAAUUAUUGAACUAUUGCCAUACAUUAUUAAAAAAUCCAUUUAUAAAUUACUAUAAAGUUGCUACAUUUUCAGUUAUAAAGUAGUAAAAUAAUGCAAAUGUGGAAAAACUUUUUUUUGUUAAGAAAAUUAUCAUUACCUAAAAUUAUUUUUUUUUCUAUGCUUAAAUAAUAUUAUUCAACAAAAAUUAAUGCAAUAAUUUUGCCAGAAUGGAAUGUUAAAAGAAAUUACAAAUUCAAUUUCUUGAGGUGAAAGAGAAGAAUGUUGAAUAUGUUAUAUAUUAGCAUAAAAGUCUUUAAAUACAUUAUACGAUAUAAGUGUUAUAUAAUCCAUUGCCAGUGACAGUGAGCGAAAGUGGAGAACAUUAUUGUUUAUUAUACAUUAUCGAGCCGUUUUGCAUAAUAGAAAUUUAAUUGUUAGGCUAUUGAAAAUAACAUUUUUUCACAGAUAGUUUGUAAAAACGUAAUCUCGAACGAGAGAAAAAAUUUAAAACUUUCUCACGAAAUUGCGGAAUUUUGCGAAAACAUUCAGAUGAAUAAAAUUUCGAACGAUUUUUUGACGCGUGUUCCAUUAUAAUCGAAUUCCUCUAUUUUAAAAUAUUAGCUAGAUCAAGCUUCCCUGUUAUUCUGGAACUGCUUCUUAAUUCCCAUUUUAUUCUGAUGGCACAUGUGCAAAAUGAAUAUGUUGCGUUUUUUCAUUUUCAUUUGUUUUCUCAUUUUACGCAUAGUCAUAUAAUCAAGUGACAAAUAUAGUAAAAAAAACAGUGCACGAAUUGCAAUUUACUAAAGUACAGCUAAUUCAGAACAGCGGGAGAUAGAAUAGAGGAGUUUUACUGUAUAAUAAUAAAUAAAAUAAUAUAGGAUUUUUUAAUUUUUUUUUGUUCUCACUAAAAACAAAGAUUAUUUAGGCACGAGAAAUUUUUGAGUAAUUAACUUUUGAAUAUUAUAUAAUAAUCAUUUAAAAAUUAUAUUAAUAUAUGUCUUUGAAUUUUGAAUCAUUGGAGAUGUAAAUAAAAAAAACAAAAUGUUUUUUUCUCAUAAAAGUUUUUUUUAAUAAAAAAUAAGCAUCUUUUCAAAUUUUUUGUUUCAGAUAUUUAAUAUGUUUAUAUUUUGAUUACUACAAAUUGAUUUUUCAUUAUUUUUAAUUUUUUAGGUGAUAGAUUUGAAUUAACCAUUAUUAUUUUAACUAUACCUUUCUCACAUUCCAAUUGGCCAUAUAGUUAUGCAUCUAAUUGAAAAUUCGAAUCAUGUCGAAUUUGAUAUAAUUUGCCCCGCAAAAGUUUCAUUAAUUCAUUAAAAAAAUUAUUUUCAAACAAAAUAAAUCAAUAAUAUAAAACUUCAGAUUUUUUUAC